AUGGAGGUUCCUGGACCCUUUUUUCCCUUCUCAAUGAUAAAAUCAAGGAUCGGAGCUUGACAUCAACAGAGAAUCGUAGGUUUGACCGAUCCGACAACGCUUGGUGAGCAAAAAGAUGAUUAUAGUCUGUUCAGAUUUUGAAUGUCAAGUCGCCGCUCAAACUCCGCCCUUUGAGCUUAGAUCAACCAAUCAGAGAACGAGCCAUCCACAGAGUUUGAUGUUUGAGAUUCAAAAUCUGAACAGACUAUGAGUUACACCCCACCUGUCUCCAUUUGAAAAAAGAAAAAAAGAUCUAGCUUCUUUUUUGUCUCCAUGCUCUUUUCAUGUUUCUCUGACUUUCCUGAAGAGGGAAAAGAGAGCGCAGACUCGUCAGAGUGUUUCGAGCCGGAGCCAUCUCACCCCAGCCUUUUUGGGGGGGAUUAGGGUAGUCCGCACUUUUCGGGAGGUAGGCCGCACCCCGGGGGCCGCAUCCAGCCGACGUAUAGUCUGUUCUGAUUUUUAAUGUCAAGUUCAAUGACGUCAUUCAAAAACACUCUGUGGAUGGCUCGCUCUCUGAUUGGUUUAUCGCACCAUUAGGGGCGGAGCUUGAGCGACGACUUGACAUUCAAAAUCUGAACAGACUAUAUGUCUGUGACGAAUGAAAAAAUCUUCGAAAAAACUUGUUUUCAGCUCUACCGCCAAUUUCUCAGGUUUUAUGGAAAAUUCGAAAACGGAAAACAAAAAAUUGGUCGGCGUGAUGCCGCGCAUCAAGCGGACCAACAGCGAAACCCCGCUGUUGGUCGUCGACGAGGUCUAUCGAAAACGUUGGCAUAUUCAGGUGAAGAGACAUUGGAAUUUGGGAAUCUACGCUAAAGUUUCAAGAAAUCGAGGGAAUGAGGCUUGAAAUUAAUGAAAAAACUAUUUUUACUGUAAAAAAAAAUGAAGGUGCACCCCGCAGUGAACCCCUAAAAAAGUGAACUUUUUCUCGGUGCGCCCCGCAUUGGACUUGGAUAGCGUGCACCCCUGGGCAACUGGUCGAAAAAGAAGUUGCCGUAAUAGCCUAGGAUAAAACUGUAGAAAACACUCUUACAAAGUUUGCGGUGCACCCCGCGUCAAACUCUCGGUGCACCCCCGCACUGUGACCAGGGGUGCACCCCGUUUAACUUCAAAAGCCUAAUAAGAUUCUCAUUCCAUUAAAUACAUUCUACUACAGUUUCUACCUAGCCUGUUACUGUAGCUCAAUGAAGACUUUCUUUUUCGACCGGUUGUCCCAACGGUGCACGCUAUCCCUGCAACGCGGGGUGCACCGAAAAAAGUUCACUUUUUUCAGAGUCCGCUGCGGGGUACACCCUCGUUUUUGUUAGAGAGUUUGUAUUGGAAAACAAACCACUUUUAAAUAAUUUACGGAAUAAGUACCUUAACAGGCAUUUGCAACUAAAUAAGGUGCACCCCUGGUUACACUGUGGGGUGCGCCGAGAGUUCGACGCGGGGUGCACCGCAACUUUUGUGAGAGUUGAAAUUUAUAGAAAUCUCGGAAGUUGCAUUUUUUGCUCUUUCCAAGUUUUUCGUACUUUCAUUUGAUGUCAAUAUUCCAGGGGGUGAUCGGAAAAGGCGGCUACGGCGAGAUUUUCCUGGCGAUCGACGUCAAACGGGCCGAAGAAGUCGCCAUCAAAGCCGAACCGAAGCACCGGCGUGGGAAAUUGUCCAAACGCAUGAUUCUCGAGCAAAAAGUCGACUCGAGAAAUUUUUAAAAGAUAGCGAUUUUUUCAGGUUCUAUUAAAAUUGCAAGGAAAACCGCAUGUGCCGGUUGUAUAUGCGUCGGGCCACGAUGAACGGCUCAAUUUCAUUGGUGAGGAAAAAAGAUGGUGAACAUCGACCGGAUCAGCCCCCUCUCCCCUCCCCAUCAUUCUAGAAUCGCCCCCUCCCCUUCCCAUCAUUUUUAAAAUAGCCCCUCCCCAUUAUUCUAGAAGAGCUCCCCACCAUUCUAGAAUCGCCCCCUCCCCCUAAUUCUAGCAUUGCUCCUCCACCCCCCAUGAUUUUUAAAAAUAGCCUUCCCCAUCAUUCUAGAAGACCCCCCCGCCCCUCCCUCAUCCUAGAAAAGCGCUUCACAACUCUAAUGUUGCCCCCACACUAUUCUAGAAUCCCCCCACAAUUCCAGAAUUGCCUCCUUUUUUUAAAAAUCGCCCCUGACAUUCUAGAACCAUCCCUCGCACCAUUUUUUUGAAUCGUCCCCCCCCGCACACAAUUCAAAAAAAUUGCCCCUCCCCCAUCGUUUUAGAAAAGAAAACCCCCACAAAUCUAGAAUCACUUCUCGGACCAUUCUGGAAUUAUCCCCACACUAUAUUCAUUAAACGACCAUUUUUUGGGAGAAAUUAGCCUACCCUAUGUUUCCCAGUGAUGCAAAUUCUGAGCGUCAACGUCGGCGAUUUGAAAAGACAAAGUCCGGUGAAGCGGCUUAGUCGGACCACCGUCGGCAGGAUCUUGCAGCAGGUUCAAAAUCAUCAGUUUUUACUUUAUUUUCAUUGGUUGAAAUCAAUUUUGAAGUCGAUCGCGGCGCUUCGAGACCUUCACGGCGCCGGAUAUCUUCACAGGGACGUCAAACCGGCAAAUAUGUGUUUUGGAGUCACUCAGAAGGUGAAGAUAGGGAUUUUGAGCUGAAAUUUGAUAUCUGGUUACUGAUUUAUUCAUAGAGACGUCAUGACUAUAUUCGCAGAUUUUUUUUUUACCUUUCCGGCCUUUUUAAGCUAUUUUUUGCUUGAAGUAGAGUACAGAUGUGGGCAUAAAUAUUGCACGGCCUUAAAAAUUUCGUUACUCUCAAGUGGAACGGAUUCAGACAAGAUUGUCUGAAUUUUUUUAUCGGCAAAGUAUCCAAGUUAGCACAUAUAAUUCAACUUUCGCUCCGACGUUCAUUGGCCUCACUGAGCGCCUUGACUCUCUAGAAAAAGUAUUCGACCCAUAGACACAUAUCGAUCUUGUCAUCCAUUCUUGAUGAUGGAGACCAUCAGCAUGUCCCGGUUGAAAUAGAGUUUUGUGCAAGCCUUCGACUUCAAAUAUAUAUAUGCAGAAUUGUCAAGGGUUUCGAAUCUGGUGAGUAGCCGGUCCUUUCCUUGAUCGUGUUGAAAUCGGGCAGAUUGGACUCGCACGAGCCUUGCUCAGCUCGGGGCUUGCAGCUUGACCUAAAAUCUUGGUGUAAGAACCAGCGACGGUUCGCAAAGUGAAAAACAGAAAAAAAAAACAGAUUGAAACUCCAUUGGCAAAAAGAAAGUUGGAAUGAUCGAAAAGUCCGUGCAAUAUUUAUGCCCACCCCUGUAAUAUCAGUCGGAAACUGGACUUGUAGAAAAAUUAACCGUGAAGCAGUUCUUAAAUUGUAGUCUGUGAAUAUUGGGACAUUUUCUAGACCAUUAUUCAAAAAUUUGAUCUACAAACAUUUUUCGAAGUUUUCAGACACGCCAUGUGUUGAUGCUGCUCGAUUUUGGCCUGAUUCGGCGGUUCAAAGAGGAAAAUGGUGAUUUGAGGCCGCCCAGGAAGAAGGCUGGCUUUAGGUGCGGGAAGUUCUGAAUUGUUGGAAAAUUUCAAAACGGAAAUAUCAUUUUUUGAUUCAGUUGUUUUUUUAAAGCCCAUAUUCCUGAAUUUUUAAAGUGUGAUUUCGAAAUUUGCAAAAAAUUUUGAACCAGCUUGAAAAUUUCAAAGGUAUUUUCAUCAAAAAGUAAAGGCUUUUGUGAGAUUUUAAGCAAACCCAGUGUCACAUUUUUGAUAUUUCGUAGCAUUUCUCACGAAAUGUAUUUUUUGUGAGGUUUUGAGAAGGUAUAUCUGGAAAUUUUUAGCCUGAAAUUGGAUUCUUUCAAAUUUAUAGUGCAAACUUUUAACGUGGAAAUCAAUGUUGAAGGCAAUUUUUUUGAGCUAUUUUCUGAAUUUCUGUUCAAAAAUGUCCGUUUUCAGGUCCUAUGUGUAUUUUUUUGAUAUUUUUAAUAUUUCCCGACUAAACGGGUAGAUUGGCAAAGGGUGACGCGUUGCGUACGCGACGCGGCUCUUGGCGCGAAACUCGUGUUCAAACUUAUUUCAUCUUUUUCUUACUUUUUUUGACAGUUUUUUUCAUUAUUUUUUUAAGGUUUUUUGUUCCUGUAGAGAUGUAGUUAACAUAAUAAAAGCAAAAAAAAACAUUGAAAAGCAUUUUUUUUUUCCUGAAUCUUUAUUUUUUGAUGGCCUCGAGAUACACGCAACGCGUUAACCUUUUUUCUCGAGUUUCCGAAAACAGUUGCCCAUAACCCUUUUGUUUUCACUUCCCAUGUGCCUUUAAUAAGGCAAUUUUCAGGGGAACCCAAAGGUACGUUUCAACACGCGUCCACGCUCGCUUAGAACAGACUCCCUGCGACGAUUUGGUCUCCUUGCUUUAUUCGGGUAAUCAGGUCGUAUAUAGCUGAUUCACGGCUGACUUGAGCCAUCGAAAAAAGGGUCCUGACACGAUAAUGCACGAGACAGCGCCUGGCUCGUGGAGAGCGCAGACAGGCCACGCCCCCUUACCGUCCCAAGCUGGCCGUGAAUCAGCUAUACCUUAAUGAGUACCUACCUUUCGAGUUUUGUAGGCUAUGAACUACUAAUUGGCGAGUUGCCUUGGAAGUUCUUGGAGAAAAACGAUGAAAUACGGCGCUUCAAAGAGGACAUGGUAUACACGGUUUUCAUGAUUUAUUGCUUGGGAAAUGGCUAAUUUGGCUUGGAAUGACAAAGAUUUGGGAUCAUAAGAACAAUUUGGACAGAGUUUUCGCCUCGAAAUAAUUUAUAGAAUGACCUUUUUCCACUGCUGAGCUUUUUAAAGGAGCAUGGAAAGCCUUGGAAAGGGUCUCGAAGCGAAAAAGCGUUUUCCAACCUUCUCUAUUCACGGUUUUCAUGAUUUAUUGCGUGGGAAAUGGAGAAUUUGGCUUGAAAUUUGAAUAUUGUGAUGUACAGAUCAAUAAAAAGAUAAGUUUAGCUCAAAAAUUCAUGAAAUCUUUUGAAAAGUUUGGCUGGAAAUGCAGAGUUUAGUAGAUAGAAUGGCAUUUUUUCAUUCCUGAGUUAUUUUAAAGGAGCAGGGACAAGCUUUAAGAAAAAUUUCGAAGCGAAUAAGCGUUUUAAAAUUAUAUAAAGUCAAAAAAAAGUAUUAUAACUCUAGGAAAAUAAAGCUUUUUGGUUGUCUUUUAUUUAAAUUACACCUGCUCAAAUUUAAAUAUUAUGGUUUACAGUUCAAUAAGAAGAUAUGUUUAGCUCAAAAAAAUCAUAAAUUUUGAAAUUUUUGACUUGAAAUUACGGAAAAUUGGGAUCAUAAGGACAGUUUGGACAGAGUUUUUUUGCCUCGAAAUAUUUUUAUAGAAUGACAUUUUUUUCAUUUCUGAACUUUUUUUAAAGGAGCAUGGAGAGCUUAAAAUGAUUCUCGAAGCGAAAAAGCGUUUUCUAAAUUAUUCUAAUACAGAAAAACACAGUAGAAAACGGAGCUUUGGGUUGUAUUUUUUUCAUAAUUUGAGAAAAUUUUGAUUUUUUUAGAAUAUAUGUCACAGUUAAUAACAAGGAAAAAAAAUUUUACGUAGUUCAAAAAAAUAAAAUUGGAUUCCAUGAUUUUUCCUUUUUAAAAAGUUCUGUUUACAGUAAAAAAAUUCCUCAAAUCGUGAUUUUUUUGAGAGAAAAGUUUAAAAUAAUGGCAUUUUAUUAAAAUUUAAAUGAAACUUGAAAAAAAUGAUGAAAUAUUUGAAAAAAAUCGUUUUUUUACGGCAAAAAAAUGACCUUUUUUUCAAUUGAUAAAGUUGAAAAAAAUUGGAGAAAAGUUUAAAAAAAUCUCCAGCAAACGCCGGAAUCGGACUUUCUCUCGCACAAAGGCGACCCGUUCCAUGAGUUUGGCCGUCACGUUUUUUUCCUCGACCCCUUUGCUGAACCGCCCUAUCACGAUCUUCAAAAUACCCUUAAGGUGCCCCAGAAAAUCGAAAAAUGGAUGGAAGUCGACAUUUCAGGCGCUAGUCGGCGGUAAGAAGCUCGUCGAUCCGUAUGAUUGGGAGGACAAUUAUCAAGAAGUUCUCGAUGGUUUUCUUGUUUUUUUUUUUGGAAAUAUGAAGAAUUUUCCAGAGUCUACAUCUUCGAAAGAGUGA